GGCGCGGCCUAGGCCCCGCCUACGAGCCACGUCCUUUAAAAGCCCCGUGUGACGCUAUAGCGCGGCGACUUCAUCUUUGUCAGUGAACAAAAUGGCGCCGUACUGUGUCCUAGUCAGUCGGUUACAGCAAGCCUUGAGUAAAGGUGUUCGGAGGUACCAUGCCUCUCGUGUCCUGUGCCAGAGGGCCAAAGUGGCCAUGAGUCAGUUUGAACCCAGUGAAUUUGUGAACUAUGAAAAGCUUGAGAAAAACAUCAACAUUGUCCGGAAAAGAUUGGACCGUCCCCUUACCCUGUCAGAGAAGAUUGUAUAUGGCCACUUAGACGAUCCUGCCAAGCAGGAUAUUGAGAGGGGCAAGACAUAUCUGCGUCUGCGGCCAGACCGUGUAGCCAUGCAGGAUGCCACUGCCCAGAUGGCCAUGUUGCAGUUCAUCAGCAGCGGGUUGCCCAGAGUGGCAGUGCCCUCGACCAUCCACUGUGAUCACCUUAUUGAAGCUCAGUUGGGUGGCGAGAAAGAUCUCCGAAGAGCAAAGGACAUUAAUCAAGAAGUAUACAACUUCCUAGCCACAGCAGCUGCCAAGUAUGGAGUGGGUUUCUGGAAACCUGGAUCAGGAAUCAUUCACCAGAUCAUCCUGGAGAACUAUUCCUAUCCUGGUGUUAUGCUUAUUGGCACAGAUUCCCAUACCCCCAAUGGUGGUGGCUUGGGUGCAAUCUGCAUUGGAGUUGGUGGAGCUGAUGCAGUUGAUGUCAUGGCGGGAAUCCCCUGGGAACUCAAAUGUCCAAAGGUGAUUGGUGUAAAACUGACAGGUUCGCUCUCUGGCUGGAGCUCUCCUAAAGAUGUGAUCCUGAAAGUGGCUGGCAUACUUACUGUGAAAGGUGGCACAGGAGCUAUUAUAGAGUAUCAUGGGCCUGGCGUUGACUCCAUCUCUUGCACAGGAAUGGCAACUAUCUGCAAUAUGGGAGCAGAGAUCGGUGCCACCACUUCAAUCUUCCCUUACAAUAACCGGAUGAAAACAUACUUGUCCAAGACUGGACGAGCAGCGAUUGCUAGUUUGGCAGAUGAAUUCCAAGAGCACUUGAAGCCGGAUCCUGGAUGUCCUUAUGACCAGUUGAUUGAAAUUAACCUCAACGAGCUGAAGCCCCUUAUCAAUGGGCCCUUCACUCCAGAUCUGGCACACACUGUAGAAGAAGUUGGUGCUGUUGCAGAAAAGAAGGGCUGGCCAGUAGAUAUCAGAGUAGGUCUGAUUGGUAGCUGCACCAACUCCAGCUAUGAGGACAUGGGGCGCUCUGCUGCUGUGGCAAAGCAAGCACUUGCUCACGGGGUGAAGUGCAAGUCUCAGUUCACCAUCACACCUGGAUCAGAGCAGAUCCGGGCCACCAUUGAGAGGGAUGGCUAUUCGAAAAUUCUGCGUGACGUUGGUGGAGUGGUUCUUGCCAAUGCUUGCGGGCCGUGCAUAGGCCAGUGGGACCGAAAGGAUACGAAAAAGGGAGAAAAGAAUACAAUUGUUACCUCCUACAACAGAAAUUUCACUGGUCGCAAUGAUGCCAACCCAGAAACACACGCUUUUGUAACUUCGCCAGAGAUUGUAACAGCCCUAUCACUUGCCGGCACUCUGAAAUUUAACCCGGAGGUAGACUUCCUGACAGGUUCUGAUGGAAAGAAGUUCAAACUUGAGCCACCUGAUGCUGACGAGCUGCCCAAACUGGAAUUUGAUCCAGGGCAGGACACCUAUCAGCACCCCCCCAAGGAUGGCAGCAGCCAGCAUGUGGAUGUGAGCCCCACUAGUCAGCGCUUGCAGCUCCUUGAGCCCUUUGACAAGUGGAAUGGCAAGGACCUUGAAGACAUGUUAAUUCUCAUAAAAGUGAAAGGUAAAUGCACCACUGACCACAUUUCAGCAGCAGGCCCCUGGCUCAAAUUCCGUGGCCAUCUGGACAAUAUUUCAAACAACCUGCUGAUUGGAGCCAUAAAUAUUGAGAACGAUAAGGCCAACACAGUGAGGAAUGCAUUAACCCAGGAGUUUGGACCUGUUCCUGACACAGCCCGUUACUACAAGAAAGAAGGUAUUAACUGGGUAGUGGUUGGGGAUGAAAACUAUGGUGAAGGCUCAAGUCGGGAGCAUGCAGCACUGGAACCACGACAUCUUGGAGGAAGAGCCAUCAUUGUCAAGAGCUUUGCCAGGAUUCAUGAAACCAAUCUGAAGAAGCAAGGCCUCCUGCCACUAACCUUUGCUGAUCCAUCUGAUUACGACAAGAUCCACCCUGUGGACAAGCUCAGUAUUGUGGGUCUGAAAGAUUUUGCUCCUGGAAAGCCCCUGAAAUGCAUCAUUAAGCAUCCUAACGGGAGCCAAGAAACAAUUGUUCUGAACCACACCUUCAACGAGACUCAGAUUGAGUGGUUCCAAGCUGGUAGCGCACUCAACAGAAUGAAAGAGCUGCAGAAGCACUGAACCUAGACAAGUACACACAUCCAGUGGACCUGAUGACUGUCUCUAUAAAAGUGCAAUUCCACUACGAUUCUUGACAAUUAAUGUCUGUGAUCAAAUGUUAACUUAGCUUCCCCUUUAUUACAGUACUCACUUGCUGACAUUAAUGAGAGUACUCAUUUUUGCAUUAUCAGGUUCUGGCUUCCAUAGCUGCCUAUGCUUGGUGCAUUUCAGUUGUCCCAUAUUGCUUUGUAUUUAUAUUUCCUGAUGAUUUUUCUGCCCGAUCAUUUCAGUGAUGGCAAAAGGAUAAAACAUUAGAAGAUUAUUGUUCUUGUGGAAAACAAAAUAAAGAUUGUGACUGACUCA